AUGGCAACUGCCGAUGAUCUCAAGAAGCUUGAGGAGGAACUCAAGAACCACGAGUCCAUCAUCCGGACCCGCGAGGAUGAACUACAACGCCAAGCUGAAGAACGGGGGAAGGCCGUCGUCCCCCCUGCGGCCUCCACGUACGCCGCUUCCAUCAAGAUCUUCGUCCCCAUCACCCUUGAUCUCCACGACUCCAACUACGCCAAGUGGCGUGAGCUGUUCCUCGUCGCUCUUGGUCGCUACGGUCUCUCCAAUCAUGUUCUCUCCGAGAAUACCCCAUCGGACACCUCCCCCACCUCUGAUUGGGGUCGCGAUGACUUCACUGUCAUCUCAUGGAUUUAUGGCUCGAUUUCUCUCGAGCUCUUCGGCGUCAUCAUGAAACCAGGUUCCACCGCAAAGCAAGUUUGGGACGCCAUCGCCAACCUAUUCCGAGACAACAAGAAGAGUCGUGCUCUGGCUCUCGAUAUAGAAUUUCGCAACACAACUCAAGGGGACAUGACGAUCUCCGCCUAUUGUGCCAAGCUUAAGACUCUCUCUGAUGCACUUGAUGAUGUCGAGCAGCCGGUCACCGACGAGACCCUCGUGCUGACCUUGCUUCGCGGCCUCAACGAACAGUACUCACACCUGCGUUCGUUCCUUCCGUUCCAAGUGCCGUUUCCAUCCUUCCUUCAGACACGGUCCGCACUUGUUCUUGACGAAGCCCAGAAAAAGACCGAUGCAAAGAAUUCUGCCUCCACUGCUCUUUGGGCCAGCGGCAGCAGUGUGCUUCCCGGCGCUGGUGGCGAACGCACUCCACCGCCGAACGAUGGGCGCUCCUUCUCCACUGAUCGCCGCGGCCCAGCACCACUACCUUCUCCAGGAGGCCGCGGAGGAAGCAAUAGUGGCCGCGGCCGUGGCCGCUGCGGUCAUGGUCGUCGCGAUACACCAUGGAUGUACAAUCCAUGGACUGGACAGCCGACGCGUCUCCAUCAGCAACAGAUGCCGUCGCCUCAUUAUCAUCAACCACCAGCAUCGUCGCCCACUUGGUCGCCUCGUCCAUGGCGCCCUACAGCUCCUGGGGUACUCGGUCCACGCCCUACCACACCGUCCCCACAAGCAUAUGCAGCAUAUGGUCAUGGUCCUGCGGCUCCUCACAACCCUCCAGCGCAUUACAACAACUUCCAGCAACAUGUAGACCCAGCGCUCCUCACCGCGCUCAACAACAUGCAGCUCCCCGGCAACUAG